AUGGCGCUUCCCAAAAUUCUAUUAACGCGAACGCUACCUCCGGAAUCGCAGAAACUUAUUGAAAAUGCUCAGGAUAUAGAGCUUCUUCAUUGGAAGGAGGAUAGAAGUAUACCUCGAGACCAGCUGUUGAAAUUAAUACCAGGUGUUAGUGGAUUCCUUUGCCUGUUAACUGAAAAGAUUGAUUCAGAACUGUUAGAUAUCGCUGGCCCAAACUUGAAAGUUGUAUCAACAUUUUCAGUGGGAUAUGACCACGUUGAUUUAAAUGAGAUUCGUAAGCGUAAAAUACCUUUGGGAUAUACUCCUGAUGUGCUUACAGACGCGACCGCAGAAAUGACUGCAUUAUUGGUAAUUGCGGCGGCACGUAGAAUGCGGGAGUCAAUUCAUACGGUAGAAGAUGGUAAAUGGUCAAAAUGGGGUCCAUUAUGGAUGUUAGGUACACAAUUGACUAAUAAAACCGUUGGAAUUGUUGGUCUUGGUCGAAUUGGAGCUGCUACUGCGCACCGACUUAAACCUUUCUUAGGUUCAAAUGGAAAAAUAAUCUAUUCUGGAAAUUCCGAUAAACCAGUAGCCAUAGAGCUCGGUGCAACUAGAGUCAAAUUUGACAUGUUAAUUAGAGAGGCCGAUGUUAUUUGUAUAUGCUGUUCCUUGAACAAACAAACUAGUGAAAUGUUCAAUUAUGAUGUUUUCAAGGUUAUGAAAAAAAAUGUGAUUCUUGUGAAUACUGCACGUGGUGCAAUCAUACAACAAGAUGACCUUGUACGUGCUUUGUCAGAAGGUCUAUUAGGUUCUGUAGGAUUAGAUGUGACAACACCAGAGCCAUUACAACCUGAUCAUCCUUUAUUGAAGUUUCCAAACGUAACUGUCGUUCCUCACCUCGGUAGUGCUACAUUGGAAACACGAACAAUGAUGGGAAAUCUCGCUGUUGAAAAUGUUUUAUCUGGUGUUCGGGGACAACCAUUGCCCAGGGCUGUAGAAUUAUAA